AUGCUUGUGCAAGACUCUCAUGCGAACGUGAGCCGAGAACUCAUGCUGGAUCAAGUCAAGCAUGAGGUGUUUGCUUAUCGUUACAUUUCGCCAAACCUGCCCUUGCUGAGCUCUUGCUUUUCGAGUAUCCCCAAUAGCAGGCUGGCGAGUCCAAGUGGUAUCCCGCUUCGGCAACUCGCGGUAGGCGAAGGCGAAGGUGAAGGCUGGGACUUGAGGUCUGGCGAUCUGGCUGAAAAAGGUAAACGGCCGGCCUCACAGCAGAGCGACGAAGCUCUCCGUGACAGACAGGAGCUAGAGACUUGGAACCGAGAGGCCAGUCGAGAGCACCUAGUGAGUUGGACCGGAAGUAUAACCCCCCGAGACAAAGAUCUGGACCAAGGUUGGAAAGACAAGGACCAACUGGAAAAUUGGGGACAGCACUCAGGAGAGAGGAAUCCGGGGGUAUCGGAGGGUCUAAGCGCGCACAAUCUAGAUAGUGGUAGAGAACAAGGUGUGACUGAUUCUGCAGCGCCUGGAAGCACCGAGAGAGAAUGCGCGGGGGGGUUGGAUAACGCGGCGAGGAGUGCAUCUGCAGCGGCGAGGGCGAGGACCUUAGGGGCUCAGGAUUAUUCAGGUCGCAGAAACACGAGUGGAUACAACUCCUCAAUGAGCAGUGGUGCACCAUGUGGCGCCUGCAAAUUCCUGCGCCGGAAGUGCGUGAGGGGUUGCAUUUUCGCGCCAUAUUUUAGUGCGGAGCAAGGAGCAGCGAAGUUCGCUGCGGUGCACAAGGUGUUUGGGGCCAGUAAUGUAGCUAAGUUGCUGCUGCACAUUCCUGCCCCCCGACGUGGCGAUGCGGUGCUUACCAUCAGCUACGAAGCGCAGGCAAGACUGUCUGAUCCCGUGUAUGGGUGUGUUGCUACGAUUUUCGCUCUCCAACAACAGGUUGCAAGUUUGCAAGCAGAGCUGGCCAUGGUGCAAACCCAAUUAGCAGACCGCAACACACACCUUCAGCAGCAGCAUCACCAGCAGCAGCGAAUGACCAUGGCGUUCGGUGCUUCAGCGUCGCAGGCGGCCGAGUAUAUCCAACAUCAACAUCUAGCAGAUCACUCUCAGCUAUCCCCUACGUCGGGAUUGUCGAUGGGCAUGCCCGGAGGCUCCAGCGCCGGCCCAUAUUCCCGAGUGAAGGAAGAGGGUAGUUAUCUUCACGGCAUGCAGGCUCAUCACUAUGACAUCGGAAUGCCGACGACAAGCAUGGAGCCCGCCAGUAUGUCCACCGAGCAGAGCCUACUGGAGUCCUUGCAAAGAUCUAGGAGUGGGGGGAUGGGGGAUCAACCGGAUGAGGGAGAGCUGCAAGCUCUUGCUUCUCUCUUCCGCAGGAAAUAGGGACAGGUUUCCAUCUUCUCUACCGUACACCUCCAUUGUGAUGUUCAGGGAAUUGGAAUAUGGUUAAUUUAUUUAGAGGUGUAUUCUGAGGACUCGUGCUUUGAGCUCAACAGUGGAAGAUUCUGUUUGGGACUCUGCAGGCGAAAGGAUUCGCCAGGGAUCGAUUGGAGUGAACUUGACUAUGAGGUGUUUCGCCACGAAUCUUAGCCUGGGCAUUUCUUUUGAGAGUGGACAUCAUGUUACAGGGAAGGCUAUGAGCUUGGCAUGUGAAAUGACCUUCACGUUGGCUGGACAGCAGAGAUUGGUAGUACCACUUGUGGCACGAAUCAAAAAUGUCGACUCGAUUCAAUAGUGAGAUUACUGAUCUCACCCUCUGGUUUCUGGCUGUGAUGCUUUUAUGAAAGAUCAUAGUCGUGGCAGGAUGGCUCUUACAGGUUUUGUUCCUCGCUGAGGAAGCUGGACACCAAAUGAUCAGCAACGGCAGAGUUGAGCUGUGUGGAGUAACUGUGAAAUCUUAUUGAGCUGUGUGGAGAAUCUGUGAAAUCAUUGUAGGAAACUUAAUCACUUGAAAUAGCCUUAAUGCGCAAAGGAAGGGAAAUUAUUAAAAAUUAAUAAUAAAAAAUUAAAAAAUUAACAGCGCUGGAGAACGAUUGAUCCGGCUCUAGUCUAGAUAUCGCCUUGUUCUAGACGACAACCUGAAGAGGAAUCUGCUGUUGAUCAAGGACGUUCUACAACGCUUUAAGCUGUGAUUUGUUUCACAUUGGAACUAAAAUCUGCAAUAAGAUCACCUGGAGCUUUGAUGGCAACCAGCUAAUUUUUUAGUUCAGUUUAGUUCAACUAGGCAGACAGUGUAUACGACGACAACCGAAUAGGAUCAGCCUUUCGUUUGUUGCGUAGAUGUUGUAGCUUCCUCACUCAUUAGACACAUAGCUUUUAGUGAUGUGACUGUUUUUGUUUAACUCGUGUCUCUGGAUGCAUUUGAGGGGUUGGCCCUAGACAAGGGCAUUAGAGUAGCAGCCCUGGCCUCCCUUGGACAAAACCGCUUCACGCAUCAUGUGGAUGUGAUCUUUACUAUCUCUUGCGUCCGUAAAUUACUGCAGCUAGGUCCAAGUAGAAUCAACCCUUACACCCUCUCAAGCUUCAACCCUUGAGGUUGUAACUUUGUGUUAUGGCAUGGCAAGUGGUUGAAAUGAUCCAAUUUUUGCAUCAAAACGUGUGGUCUAAGUACUGUAGAAUCAAAUGUUUUUAGGGUAGAGACACCCAAGAAUGUCGUAAUUGGAGUGUUUUAGGUGAUGUUGCCGAAGUGCACAAUAGUAAAGUGUUCCUAGAUUCAGAAUUGUUGUCGAAGCGUUACUUGUUAAGACAUACUCAUUUUCAGUGUCA